CAGACCCCCCUCUCACACAGAGGUAGAUAUAGAGCGGGGAUGAGCAGAAGGAGCUGGGUGGCAGGAGGGAUGCAGCAGGACUGUUGUUGACCGAACAAAAAGCCAGGGAAGGAUUGGGUAAAUCCUGGGGAGCAAAGCAGCUGUGAAAUGCCUCAAAGGGAGCCAGUCAGCUACUCCUGCAGAGACCUGAAGGUGAUCUUCAGCUGAGGAUGGCAGGAGAUUCUCGAGUCCUCAUGGACCACAACAUGGAGAUUGGGGCGACACCUUCACAGGUGAAGAAGCUCCCCAAACAUCUAAGAGAGCCUCAGAUAUCAACUGAUCGAACCCACUUGAUUUCUGACCCUGUAAAGAAGCCGAGACAGCGGUACGUGCAGAAGGAUGGCAAGUGCAAUGUACAUCAUGGAAACGUGCAGGAGACCUACCGUUACCUCAGUGACUUGUUCACGACACUGGUGGACCUACGAUGGCGUUUUAGCUUCUUAAUUUUCACGCUGGUCUAUAUAGUGAACUGGCUUUUCUUUGGGUUUUUGUGGUGGCUGAUUGCACUCAUCCGUGGAGAUCUGGUGCAUGGUGAUGAGGAGGGCUGGACCCCCUGUGUGGAGAACCUCAACAGCUUUGUCUCAGCAUUCCUCUUCUCAAUAGAGACGGAGACCACCAUAGGGUAUGGUUAUCGUGUCAUCACAGAAAAAUGCCCUGAAGGUAUUAUACUGCUCUUAGUGCAAGCCAUCUUGGGUUCCAUUGUCAACGCCAUGAUGGUAGGCUGCAUGUUUGUCAAGAUCUCACAGCCAAAGAACCGCGCAGAGACUUUGAUGUUCUCGCACAAUGCUGUCAUUUCGGUGCGGGAUAACAAGAUGUGCCUGAUGUUUCGCGUGGGGGACCUGAGGAACUCUCACAUUGUGGAGGCGUCAAUUCGAGCAAAGCUGAUCCGCUCGCAGCAGACCAAAGAGGGGGAGUUCAUCCCGCUCAACCAGACUGACAUCAACAUUGGCUUUGACACCGGGGAUGACCGACUGUUCUUGGUGUCACCGCUGAUCAUCUCUCAUGAGAUUAAUGAGAAGAGCCCCUUCUGGGAAUUGUCAAUGGCGCAAAUGGAGAAGGAGGAGUUCGAGAUUGUGGUUAUCCUUGAGGGCAUGGUGGAGGCCACAGGAAUGACUUGUCAGGCUAGAAGCUCCUACCUGGACACUGAGGUUCUAUGGGGCUACCGCUUUACGCCAGUUUUGUCAUUGGAGAAAGGCUUUUAUGAGGUAGACUACAACAACUUCCACGACGUCUAUGAGACCAACACGCCCAGCUGCAGCGCCAAGGAGCUGGCCACAAAGCAUCGGGAUGAGCCGCUUUUGCCACAGUUGCCGCUCCUUAGCCCUGAACCUAAAGGGCAUACUUUUGACUCACUGGAAACGCCGUCAACACAGGAUCCACAAAACCAGGAUGGAGAAAGGGAGGACGUGGAUUUAUGGAGUGACAUAGGAGAGAACAACGGCUCGAAUGCCGCUUUGGCAGAGCUUCCUGUUCCUGAUAGUCUGCCUGACUGAAGCGCCACAGCAGCCAAAAAAAAAAAAAACCCAGAGAAAACUGGAGAAUAUACUGCUUGACUUAAUCAAUGGCCACUUUUUUUCAUUGCAGUUUUUGUAGACAAAAGCAGUUUUCUCCAGCACCAAAUUAUUGCAAUACUUCCUUGUUUAUUUAACCUAUAGCUUAGAGGGAUUCAUAGUGAAGGAAGAACACACAGAGACACAUGUGCAAUAUCUAUACCUUCACCUGAAAACGAUUGUCUCUUUAUAGCUCUAAAGACCAUCUACUGCUAUGACUCAUCCGUUUAAGCUGUAAUCAAUAACUAUGACUUGAAACUGGAAGCCAUAUUGGCACACUGUGGCUCUAUGAAUAUUCCCAUGGGUCAACCUGGACCCUUGAACUGAGGUUCUGCUUCAGAAGCUAAAACAUUGUGUGCUCCCCUCCCCCAAUCAGGAGUCACCAGCUUCCCCUUACAUUUUUUUUUUACCCUUGUGCUACCCUAGUCAUGCUUAUAUUAAAAGCAGGGGUGAAAGGAAGCCGGAACGCAAAAGAAUUGGAAGUGGAACGCCGCUCCGGCUGGAGAGAUCAGCUGUGCAGCCGGUUUUCACUGCAUAACACAUGACAGAAUGGUACCGGCAUGACAAAAAACGUACACCUCUGAUUAAAAGUGGGGUCGUCUGGACCCUAAAAGACAGUGCAAUGAACUUUUUUUCAAGGAUUUGUUAUCUUCACUGGUGUCCAUUGCAGACAAAAUCUUGUCCACCCUUAUAACUCAAAACAUAUUAUAACAAACAUUUUUUUAAACUGAAAACAAGACAUUAUAAAUUUGAAAAAAAAGAAAAUGUGUUAAAAAAAGGAAACUUGAUAUAAAACUCGAGAAUUUUGACCAUAUAUCGUAAAUUCAAAAAAAUACUGAAAACUUGAGUUAAAAAAAACUAUAAAAUUACCAAUUGAAAAAUAAUGUAUCCAUUAGUAACAGCUGCUGUUUUGAAUUUCUUAGUAGCCAAUGAGCUCAAAGCCCCGCCCCCAUGCAAAAUUAAGAUCAGCUGAGUAGCGAAAACUCUGAAUUAAAACUUAAAACAAGAGAACUGAAAGUUAAAAGGGAAAAACAAAAAAAA